GCCUACCCUCCACCACCUUAUAAACAAUAAUGCUGAAGUGUAUGGAUGAUGGCUUAAGUCAACAUUAUCCCUACAGGCGAAAUAAUAUACGUGAAAUUGGAUACGAGCCAGGGAGCUAUACACUGUAAAAUCAUGACAAAUGCCCGUUGAAUAGCAUGAGUUAUAUUAUACUUGGACACAGAAUAAUGUCUCCACUAGAUUUCCUAUUCAAACAAGUGUAUGUUAUAAUGAUUUAGACGAUAAAGUUGCCUAUAUUAAUAUAUUUUACGACCCAAGUGAUAAAAUUAUGCCAAAAUAUGAUGCACACAAAAUCCCCCUGAAACCCAUUAAAAAGCAACCACACUCCUUGUGUGUGUGUGUGUGUGUGUGUGUGUGUGCGUGCGUGUGUGUGUGUGUGUGUGUGUGUGUGUGUUGGGGGAGGGGUAGGUAUGUUGCUGGAUGUGCGUGUGUGUGUGCGUGUGUGUGUGCGUGUGCAGCUUUUCCUCUCCAACCAAACCUGCAAGACCAUCUCGAGAUUAGAGCCUCACCACCGAUAACGACCGUGGGCGUCGUUACAUUAUAGGACGCAGAUGUGAUUCGUGGCGCGCGCACACACAAGCACGUGCACCGCGUGUCACGCGCGCGUAACCGUUGCUCUCGUGGGGGUGUAAAAAAAAGUGGGCACGGCUUUGGGGUGUAUUUUGGAGGGGAUGCGCGCCUGCGGUGACCGAACCCAGCUCGAAAAUGUGUAAAUAAAGCAACAGCCGCCCCCGAAACGAGGCGUUACCCGUCCGACUUUCUCGAUCAAUCACAGGGGACAGUGGCUUCUUUUGAUAAAAACCCCAAAUUGUCAUUGGGCAGAUGCAAUCAUGUGACAAGCAGCACGGUCUAAUUCCAAGCAUGUCCUCUUGAAAGCUAUAGUUUAUGGCGAAGAGGUCUCCACGCGACCGUAGCAGUUUAGUAGUUUGUGAAAAUAAACUGCUGAUUCAUUUUUCACCAUUUCUGCCCCCACCGAGUUACCCGAAAAACCGGCGAGUUUUCAAGAUCGAGCGGAGGAGAUGAAUUACGAAUUCGGGCGAGAGAGCGGUUUCAUCAACAGCCAGCCGUCGCUCGCCGAGUGCCUGACGUCCCUCUGUAACCCCGGUGAUGCAUUUCAAAGUUCAUCAAUCAAGAGCUCGGCGCUUUCACAGGCGACACUGAUUCCUCCUCCCUUUGCACAGACCGUCCCCGGCCUGCACCCGGGCGUGCACCCGCGCCACGGCCGCUCGAAGCAGGCUCUGAAAGGCUGCAGCCCGCCGCGGACGGCGUCGCCGCCCACGGAGUACCCGUGGAUGAAGGAGAAGAAAAGCGUGCGGAGGAGCCGGGCUGCGGCUGCGUCCUCCGCCUCCGCGACACCGGCCGACUCCUCGCCUCUCUACUUCUCACCCCAAGGUUCCCCAGAAAUAGCAGAAGGUGGUGGAGCUGCCAGGCGCCUGAGAACUGCCUACACCAACACCCAACUCCUAGAGCUGGAGAAGGAGUUUCACUUCAACAAAUACCUCUGCAGACCGAGGCGCGUGGAAAUAGCCGCGUUGCUGGAUUUAACCGAGAAGCAAGUGAAAGUGUGGUUUCAGAACCGGCGGAUGAAGCACAAGAGGCAGACGCACUGCAAGGAGAACCGGGACAGCGAGGGGAAAUACGCGUGCGUGGACGACGGGCCGGAGGACGAGUUCGAGCGGGCGGAGGACGGCGGCGGCGCGGUCGCCACGCUCCUGGACAGCGAGAGGUAUUUCCCGCAGAACACGCCGACCCCUCAGCUGUGCCAGAACGGACACAAUGGGGAGAACCAAAGCCCGGCUCUCACGCAUUUAGGCAGCAAUGAGAAAAAUCUGAAACAUUUUCCAAACCCGGCGCCCACUGUUCCCAUCUGCGUGUCAACAAUAGGCCCGGACAAUGAUCACUCCCCGAGCCUGGACGCGUCUUUGCAGGAUUUCCACGUCUUCUCAUCCUCCUCCUCUUUCUCACCGGGUUUGUCAGAGUCGACACAAAGUCCUCUGCCGCUACCAUCCGAACCGUUUGACCUUUUCUCAGAAACACUGACCACAAUCGACCUGCAGAACCUGAGCUACUGAAAUAUUUGUAUUUAUUUUCCAUUCAGAACUGUCAAUGUACUCAGUUUAGCGUGAUGGGAGUCUGUAACAGGUUUCACAAAGGAGGUAAGUUAUGGCAAAAACAGCACAGAUACUAUUUUACUACAUGAACAUGUUAUUCCAUGACUUCCAGAGAACAGUACGCGUCUAUUUUUAUAUGGAUUUUAUACAUAGCUAGUCAGAAUAUUAUUCUUGAAAUAAAACUUUUCACUGAUUGGAA